AUGACUAGACAGAAGUGCAAAAAGAAGAGUAAUAAUAAUAAUAAUAACAAAAACAACAACAAUAAUAAUAAUAAUAAGGAUGAUGAGGCUGAUGAUGGUGUUGCCAGAAAGUUCCAAGAAUUGCAACUGCAGAUCGAUCAGUUGAAGUCUCAGUUGAACGAUUAUAAAGAUGAAGUAACGCAUCUGAAAGCAUUCAUCAUCAACAGCCAGGAUGAUGAUGAAGACGAUGAUGAUAAUAAUAAUAAUAAUAAUAAUAAUAAUAAUAAUAAUAAUAAUAAUAAUAAUAAUAAUAAUAAUAACAUCUUUGAUAAAACAGCAUCAAAAUACAGUAAUCACAUUGGCGAUGAUGACGACGACGAUGAUGAUGAUUACGAUGGUGUUUAUGAUGACGACGAUGACGUCAUAAAUGACGAUGACGUCAAAAGUAGGGAUGUGCGCGGUUACGAAUUUAUAUUAUCGGCCGGUCGGAAGAAAAGAGAUGUGGAGAAUGUUCGGAGUGAUGAGAGAUCGAGUGAGAAUAGAAGCAGGGAUAAUCACCGUUCAACAUCCAUUGCACCUCCUUCCUCUUACUCUCUAGAUGGCGAUGAUUAUGCUAAUAACCCCAUAUCGUCGUCGUCAUCAUCUUGUAAGAAUUUGGCAGCCAUUCAUUUGGAAAUCUCAGAAUCUGGUCGGAGGCGAAGAAAUCUUUCCACAGAACAGUCAACCACCCUCUCCAACUGGGAGGUUCCGAGCCAAGGUUUUGCGUCAGAAAACACAGCGGAUCAUUUCAAAUUCAACAGAGAUGGCGAAACGAAAGAGUUAGUGGUGAAGAAGAGAGGAGUGUAUUUUGUGUAUGGACAGAUAAUGUUCUACAACCUGGCCGACCGGAACAUCUUCUCGAUUUACAUCGGGGGCAGAGAGUUCAUCAGGUGUGUCCAAGGGGUGGACUACGAAAUAGGCCAGAAAAAAUACAAAACGUGCUACACGGCUGGAGUCGUUUACAUCGGGGAGGGUGAGAAGGUCAGCCUGCAAAAUCUCUACAACUAUGAAAUCGACGCCAAAAAAACUUCAAAUUUUUUCGGCCUGAUCAAGUUAUCUGAUUUUUGA